GCCGCCUUUGUGCUUCCUGCCACGGCUCCGGGGGGCGUGAGGGAGGGAAGGCCUGGCCGGCUGUAGCGGCUCCACCGCGGCCUUGGCUGCCACGUCAGUGCCGCCGCCCUGAGCCGAGGUGGCUGGCGGUGCCCGCGGCCGGCCCGGCAGGGGAGGCGGGCGGCGGUUGCUGCCGGGCCGCCUCCCGAGCUCCGCCAGGGAUGCAGGUGUCUGCAGAAUACUUUUAAAUGGAAAUAACUGAUUAGACAUCUUCACGAAGGGAUAUACGUGGGAGUGUGAAGAGGAACAUCCCUCGAGAUAACGCUGCAGGCUGGUGACCUGGGGAUUCCUGCAAAGUGGGACAUAAGAGCUUGGAUCUUGUUAGACAGAAGAGGCAUUGAACUGCAAUAAUGAAUCAAAUGGACAAAAAUCAACAGGAAGUCCCAUCAUACCUUCAUGAUGAACCACCAGAAGGUUCAAUGAAAGACCACCCACAGCAGCAGCCUGGCAUGCUUUCUCGGGUGACUGGUGGCCUCUUCAGUGUCACAAAGGGAGCUGUUGGUGCCACGAUUGGGGGUGUUGCUUGGAUUGGAGGGAAGAGCUUGGAAAUUACCAAAACAGCAGUCACAUCUGUGCCUUCAGUGGGCGUGGGGCUAGUCAAAGGAAGUGUUUCUGCAGUGGCUGGAGGUGUUACAGCUGUAGGAUCUGCUGUUGCAAAUAAAGUGCCUUUAACGGGAAAGAAAAAGGAUAAAUCUGACUAAAACCAAAACUGAGACAUACUUGAUUCUCUGCAACAUUACAUCAGUGGCAUUAAAAUCUUCUGAGAUUUGGACCAUGAGAAGCCAUGUGUCUUAGACACUUUAUCUUCUAAAGAGCUGUGCAAGUAACUCAGUUUCAUCUGGAAAGGACCGAAGAAGCUUGGCUAGCACAGAGUAUGAAGAUUUAUUAGAGCAUAGAUUGAAGCUUUUUAUCUGGUGAAAUGUUACACUUGAUAAGUAUAGAAGUGAGUAAGUAUAUCUGAAAGGGUAAUACAUAUCUGAAUAUUAAUUUACUGUAAGUCUUUUUGCCAUUUUGGACUAAAAAUGUGAACGUAGGAACUUGGUAGUCUCUGCUGUACCAUCGGUAUGAUGAGAUGCCAUUUACUAUUCUCAGUGGUUUCCACAUCUUCCUGCUAAGGAUCCUUCAGCUGCAUAGUAAUGGCAAUGUACCCAAAUAGUUUUGGUUAUAAAACUGUACUUAGAGGCAAGCUGUAAACUAUUGGUGACUGCAGCCUGUGUGGAUUGGAGCAAAUAGAACAGGAGGCGUGUGGGAAUUGGAAAUGAGAGUUGGAUAUGGAAGUGAUGAAAUUUGACAACAUGGCAGAAGGGGGAUCAUAAAGAGUAAACUAACAAUGCCUUACUAGAAAAAAAAAUCUUUUUACUAGGGGAAGCUGUGUAAAGAACUGUCUUGGCAUCUUGGUACAGUUCACAGAAUGAACUUCAGAUGCUUUUUAUGAAUCCUGGUAUCUGAAACCUUGUCAGUUUUUACUGAAAACAAGAUUGCUCCAUCUCAGGUGUAUUUAAUGAUAUGCAUCUAUCUCCUGCAAGUGAAAACUUGCUUCUAAUAAACUUCUUAUAGACACUAGAAAAAAAUGUGGGCUUAAUGGAAACUGGGCCAAUGUUUGUGGUCAUACAGCAGCACAACUGUCUGACUGGAAAGAAAUUCCUUCAUGUAGUUGGAAACCACUGAAGUACUUCCCAAGCUGUUGUCUGAGCUCCAUGAUGUGCCAGGUUAGCUUCUUGCUCCAUUUAAGGAAAUGCAAGCAGUUUUUCACUACAUCUUUCUCUAAUACUUUGUAUUUGGUUUUUGAGUAAAAUGCAGUACUUUUGAUUAAAAGAAACCAAAAAAGUUAGCUGAGGCCUUAAAAAAAACCAACCAACCAAACAACAGAAACAUCAUGUAUGUGUCCAAGUGAAUUGUAAUACUGACAGAUUCCAAAUGUUGACGCAGUUCAGAUGGGAACACCUGUAGGUCCUCUGCAGUGCAUGAGGCAAAAUGCACUUCUAAGACACAGCUUGAGGUUGCCUUAAAAUAGAAGCUGUUGGCAAUCUUUGUGUACUGACUUUGCAAGUAAGUAACUUCUUUGGAAAACCAUAGAAGAAGGCUGUGAAUGUUGUGUAUGCAGUAUUUUCUAAAAGCUUGUGCUCCUACAGAGAACUUUCCAGCACAUGAGCUUACUUUUCCAGUGGCUGUGGUUGUACAGGAAAGAUAGAUAGGGAGACUUCUUAGAAAUUUAAAAAAUUAAAACAUAUCACUUGUCUAAAACUUAGUUCUAUAUUCAUGGGUGUUGAAAGCAUACUAUGUGUAAAUUAUGGUACAGUAGUUACCUUCAUCUCUCUGUGAGCCAUUGGUACUUCAACUUCACUCUGGAACAGCUUUAUUUGUUGUAAUUGUUAUAUAUGUUGGUAGCAUGGUAUUUGUGAGCACGGGUAUUUUGGAUGCUGGGGAGAGCAAAGAGCCAACAAAAGGAAUUACCUGCUGCUUUUGGUAGAUGUACCAACAACUUAGCUCUGUUCUGCUACAAGAAUGCAACGAGGUAAGUUUAUGCAACACAAGGAAUAUUUCAGUGGCUUUCUAUAGGGGGAUGCUAUUCACAUAGCAUACAAGGUAAUUUAAGAUUAUCAGUUAGCUCUAGAAACAAGGUAGGCUGGGUACCAGAGGAAAUCUACCUGCAGCAAAUAAUUUAGUGUUGUCUGCUCCCCUGCACAUCCCAGUGUUGACAUAUCCCCAGAGUGCUGCCACCCAACUCUACAAGUUGGUCUGGUGGGAGCAUAGUGAUAUUUGUGACACUCAACCAAAUCCUUCCUACUUACUUUCUGAAAACACAAAUGUUGUACUGGUCAUACCCCUUUUUUAUGACGUUGUCUUAUUUUUAUACUAUGAAACUUGCUACAAGAUAAGUGUGGUCUAAGAUAAGCAAUGUUAGAUCUUUAAAGAGCUGCCAACACUUCAUUAUGUUUUGUUCCUUACCCGUCCUGUAGUUUAUUCUGAGUCUUGUAACUGAAACAUUUCAACAUGGCAUAUGGUUUUGGUUUUAGUUUUUUAAAAGCGCUUUGUCUUAUAUCCUGCAUAUUUUCCAUUCACUUAUGAAAGUUGCUUCAUCUUAAACUUGUUCUGAUUCUGUCCUGACACUUGUGAAACAUUAAAUUCUUGCUGUUUCAUACAUUUGAGAGUUUUGUUAAUUUUUGGAGAGAUGCGUAGUUAGGUAUAAAUCUUCACACAGUACCAGGCCCCAAAGUGUCUUUUAUCUGCAUCUAAAUAGUACCAACCAGCUCUUAAGAAAAUUUAUAACUUCACUGUGUUGUUGGCUGUCCAUAGACACAAUCCCCUGUACUUACUUUUUUUUUUUUUUUUUUCCCUGG